UUUUUUGCAUGUAAUAAUAAAAAAUUUCUUGGCAAACCCGUGAACAAUGUUCACGAUCAGUCAAAAUGGCCUACAUAUUUUUCUGAUUUUGAAUACUAGCAUUAUAGAGUAUUAAAAUAUUAUUAUGUCAUCUAAACUUGAUUCAUUGAGAUAACGCAUCAUUGAACUUGAAGCUGAGAAUGCUGAGGUUAAGGCCAAAUAUAUUAAGGUUAUGGAUGAGAAUGCAAAGGUCAAAGCUGAGAAUAUAAAGUUAAGGUGUGUUUUGGAAAAACAUGAAGCUAAGUUCAUGAGACUAGAGCAAAGAGAUAAAGAAAAAACUAACCUUAUUGCCAAAAUGGAUGAUGAUAUCAAGGAAAUCAAACAAUCAUCAGCUAAUGCCAAAAAGAUGGCAAAUCCAUUAAAUACAUCUGAUAGCACAUUUAAUUCUAAUGUAUGCAAACCUAUUCACACAGAAACUAAGUCAUUGGAGUAUAAAGAGACGGAUGAUUUCUUGGAUAGGUACAUAAAAAAAGGGUUAUCAACUGUCUCUUUUGACUUAUCAUGUGUUACAGAAACUUCUCUAAGAAAUCAUGAUGUAAAUGAAAGUAAUACAAUAACUGUGAACAUUGUUCAUGAUCAAGAAAAGAUUUCAUUGGAAGACUCUGUGCAAAAAAUGCCUGAAAGGCUUAAUGAGGAUAUUCAGGCUCAGUAACGUAAAUUGUACGAGACUUAUUACAAGGAUUUCUGGUGGAUGAUUUCCAGAGGGAAUUUAUUAAUAUUGAAUUUAUUGAUAGAGAGCAUUCUAAUUCUUUACUUGUCACAGAAGAACUUGCCUAUUUAUUUUAUCAAGCGAGUAUAGCAAGGAAAAAUUUGAUCAAAGUUAAGCAGAAAGAGAUUUCAUCUUGGGAUCACUACUCUUUUAGACAUUUCUGAUGAAUAUUUGCGUAAGAUAAUAAGCAAAGCAAAGAAGAUCAAUAAGCUAUUUGGAUAUAAUUACAAUCCUAUAACUCUGAAAAAAAUUAAA